AUGAAGUGGAGACACUGGCUGGAGGCGGCCAAGGACCCAUUUCUCAUCCACACCGACUAUCGGAACCUGGAGUACAUACGGACAGCAAGGCGGCUGAACCCUAACCAAGCAAGGUGGGCACUUUUCAUCAUUAGAUUCAACUUAACCUUCAUGGAGAAGCUGGGGGUCACGGUCAGCCUCACUUCCGGGUACCAGCCUCAGUCCAACAGGCAGCUGGACAGUAUGAAACAGGAGCUGGGGAGGUUCCUUAGGAGUAACUGCCAGAACCGACAGGGGGAGUGGGCCCGGUUCCUUCCCUGGGCGGAGUACACCCAGAAUUGUGUCACUGUGUCACUCCUCCACUGGGUUGAACCCCUUCCAGUGUAUCCUAGGAUAUCAGCCAGCCCUGGCUCCGUGAACCCCAAGCCAGACCGAAGCUCCUGCGGUGGACGAGUGGUUCAGGAAGCUGAGCCCCCGGGGCCCUUCAAGGACCUCUGGAGGGUUUACGAAGUAAUGCCGGUGGUUCCUGGUCCUCUGGCUGGUGCUGUUCCCCGUUACAACCCUCCACCUCUCCUGGACAUUGAUGGGAGCCCCGCCUAUGCCGUCGGGUCCAUCCUGUACUCCCAACAUUGUUGGGGUUGGCUCCAGUACCUGGUGGGCAGGGUUGGGUACAGUCCAGAGGAGCGCUGUUGGGUCCUGGUGGAAGACAUCCUGGAUCCCGACAUCCUGCAUUUCUUUCUUAACUACCUGCUGGAGAUGGGUGGAUAUUCAGAGAGCACUAUGCACGAGGACCAAGCUCGCAAAGAGCUGGAGAUGUUCUUCGAAGCAAAUCGCGGGUGGUUGAAGUAUGUGUUAGAGAGGGUGUGGAGAAUGCCGUUCUCAGUGCCACACACCUGGGUGACAUCACCAGGCAACUCAGGUGAAGGACUGUAUGACAGGUUGUCAAAGGAGUGGCUAACCAAUGAGGUGUAUCGUACCUAUCACCAUGGAAGUGGAACAAUGGUUACAGUCCAGACCAGCACACAUGCCUUCUACGUGAACCUUGGUCGACUGACUGACUGUAGUGAGUAUUUCAGAGCCCUGUCCCAGUCCAGUAUGAGAGAGACCACAGAGAGCCUGAUUGUCCUGGACCACAUUCCCUCCUCAGUCUUCCAUUCCCUCCUAGAAUUCUGCUUCCGGAAUGACUUCAGCGUUCCCACGGAGGAGUUGGGAGAACACAUCCAAGUGGGCAGCUACUUGCUGGCUGAGGCCUUUGUGUCGCAGUGCCUGUUGGCCCUGUCUGGUGUUCUAACCCCAGACACCUGCCUGUCCUACCUGGCUCUGGCCCGGGACAUCAGCUGUACUGAGCUGGAGACGACUGUGUUCUCCUACCUCAGCAGACACCUUCUGGAGCUGUCUCACCUCACCAGGUGUUUGCCAGCUGAAGACAGGGCUGAACUGACCCGUCUGAGGUGGCGGGGUGAUCUCCGGCUCUGCUGCGUGAGGAAGGAGAACCUGACCUCCUGGAAUGACCUAGAAACAGAAGCCGCCCGCCACCUCUUCACCCUAGAUGGAUCAGAGGUCACUGGUGACUGGCGUCCACUAACAGAGCUCCCCUUCAUGGCUGAUAAGUGGUGCUUCACCACGGUGGUUCUACUCAACUAUCUCUACCUCAUCGGUGGCUACAGGCAGCGGGCCAAGAGGGGCUGGGAGUUCAAAAUGGCCUCCUUUAGGUACAACCCCUUCACCAACACCUGGGUCUCCACUGCACCUCUCAUCAAGCACAGGAGGCAUUUCAGUGCGGUGUCAUGUGAUGGCUGUAUCUAUGCUGUGGGAGGCUGGUACUUGGACUCUUUGGUGACUCCUGACUCUAGCACAGCCCUCUACACUGCUGUGGAGCGAUACCACCCCAGGGACAACACAUGGACGUUUGUCUCCUCUCUGCCUUUGACUGACUUACAGUUCACCAUGUCCCUCUCCCAUGACCUCCCUCUGGCCACCAGCCUGGGCUCCCGUCUCUAUGUCCUGGGGAAUAUCCAGAGGACUGGAGAAAAGCUGCUUCUACAGUAUGACACCAGGCAAGACUUAUGGUCUGAGCUGCUCCCUACCCUAACCAAAGCCAACGCUGACCUCCCCAGCCUCUACUUCCUGGGUGCCACGGACCGGCUGUUUGUGAUUGGAGGAAACAACUCAGAGAAUGUGGUGACAUCAUUCUGUUUGGAGUCUGGGAAGUGGGGGCAGGUGAAAGGGGCUGAGAAGGUAGCAUUAGCUGGACAGGGGACAGUGCUGGGUGACCAGGUGUACAUGCCAGGUAUAGAACACAACGCUGCUGUAAGGCUGGAUCUCCACUCCCUAUCUCUCACUGUCCUCCCUCCUCUACCCAUCUGCAUUCGCUAUGAAGCCCUCCUUCACCUUUCCUUCUAAAACAACUUUCAUCAAUUAGUCUGAUUUGACUUGCCUUGCUGUUUCUGGGGUUCAGGUCAGGGUUUUUUGUUUAGUGCUUCUGGACAAACGCAGACUCAUCAUCAUGGGGGUCUUUGCUACAUGUGGACUUCACCAUUCUGUGUCAGCAACAAUAUGCCUUGUCCUGCUUUCACU